AUGAAAAAAGAAAAAAGCAGUGCUGGGAACCUGUUCCAGUCUUUGACCAAGAACAACGGUGUGGACUUGCUGGUGAGGACGGCUGCUGCUGGCAGAAGCACUGAUGGAGAAGAUCGGCAUCAAGGGGGUCUCCUGACAGAUUAUGAGAUGAGCAUUGCAGCUCAUCUCAUUGAUCCCAAAUCAAUGACGGAGUCAUGGGCAGAUAUUGCUGGUCUUGAUGAUAUCGAGGAGCUGCAAGAUAAUGUCAUCCUGCCCAUCCAGCAGAAAGACGUCUUACCUCGGUCCAAACUCUUCGUGCCUCCUAAAGGUGUUUUGUUGUGCGGUCCUCCUGGAUGCGGUAAAACGAUGAUCGCCAAGGCGGCAGCUAAAGCCUCAGGGUGCCACUUCAUCAAUCUGCAGGCAUCCUCACUGACAGACAAGUGGUACGGUGAAUCCCAGAAGCUGACAGCUGCCGUCUUCUCACUGGCUGCUAAAAUUCAACCAUGCAUCAUCUUCAUUGAUGAGAUUGAUUCAUUUUUGAGGAAUCGGUCCAGCCAGGAUGGCGAAGCCAUCGCAAUGAUGAAGGCCCAGUUCUUGAGCCUGUGGGACGGUCUGCAGGCUUCCGGUCAGGUGAUGGUGAUGGGAGCCACUAAUAGGCCACGGGACAUCGACCCGGCUAUUCUGAGGAGGAUGCCCACCGCGUUCCAUGUUGGACUGCCAAAUGCAGGACAGAGACAGCAAAUCCUUCGACUGAUGUUAGCAGGAGAAAAUGUGAGCAGCUCCAUCAAUCUGAAGGAGAUCGCUGACCAGGCAGAAGGGUUUUCUGGCAGCAAUCUGAAAGAGAUUUGCCGAAACGCUGUGAUUUAUCGAGUCCGCAAACAUAUAAAGAGGAAGCAGAUGAGGCAGAGUUCUGAGCAGCAAAACAAUGGCCAGGGUGAUGGAAGUGCUGUGGAGGAGCAGCAUGUACAGCCAGUCACCCAGGUGGACCUGCUCUAUGGAUUAGCCAAGCUGAAGGAAUCUAAGCGGGCCACAUCCUCCACUGUCCCCAACACCACCAACCUCUGAACAGAAACCCCUCCUCUGAAGAACGACUUGCUUCAAGGUCCAAAAAAUAAGACUCACGUUCAGAAUAACGACGUGACCUCAUGACCCACAGAAGACCGUGGAGCAGAAACCAUGAAGCAGUCGGGG